AUGGGAGCCUUCUACAUGCUGCCCAAAAUCCGCAAGCCAGGAAAUCCAGGACGGCCCAUUAUAACAGGUAUGAGAGCUCUCACUGAACAAAUAUCUGACCCAAUAGAAAACAUUCUUAAGCUUCUAGAUAUUAAGACUGAGAGCUUUAUACAGGACACUACAGACUUCCUCAAUAAACUUAACCAGAAAAAUGAACUACCUGAAAACACUAUACUAGUAAAAAGGGAUGUGGAAUCCAUGGACAGUAACAUCCCACAUAAGGACGGAAUUGAGGCCUACAUUAAAUUUCUCUCAUCCCACAAACCAACACACAAAUAUGAUAGUGCAAUAAUCACCCAGCUUAUAGAAUGA